CAGCCUCCUGCCCCACCCCCUGGCGUCGGCCCCAUCGGCCACCCGGGCCGCUGCCCCUGGCUGCGCCCUCCCCGCCGGCCAGGCCCUGGAGGGACCCGGGAGCGGCCGCCGGCUUCAGCCCAUGGCCCGGAGGUACGAUGAGCUGCCUCACUACCCAGGCAUCGUGGAUGGCACUGCAGCCCUGGCUGGCUUCUCGGAGGCAGUGCCCACAGCACCGAGAGCCCCGGGGCCCUACGGCCCCCACCGGCCUCCUCAGCCCCCUCCCCUGGGCUUGGACAGUGAUGGCCUGAAGAGAGAGAAGGACGAGAUCUAUGGACACCCGCUCUUCCCCCUGCUGGCCCUGGUCUUUGAGAAAUGUGAACUGGCCACGUGCUCACCUCGUGACGUGGCCGGGGCUGGGCUGGGCACGCCCCCGGGCGGCGACGUCUGCUCCUCCGACUCCUUCAAUGAGGACAUUGCCGCUUUUGCCAAGCAGGUCCGCUCCGAGAGGCCCCUCUUCUCCUCCAACCCGGAGCUGGACAAUCUGAUGAUCCAGGCCAUCCAGGUGCUCCGGUUCCACCUGCUGGAGCUGGAGAAGGUCCACGACCUGUGCGACAACUUCUGUCAUCGCUACAUCACCUGCCUCAAGGGAAAGAUGCCCAUCGACCUGGUCAUCGAGGAUCGGGACGGCGGCUGCAGGGAGGACCUCGAGGACUACCCGGCCUCCUGCCCCAGCCUCCCGGAUCAGACUAACACAUGGAUUAGAGACCAUGAGGACAGUGGGUCUGUACAUUUGGGGACCCCGGGUCCAUCCAGUGGUGGCCUGGCCUCCCAGAGUGGGGACAACUCUAGUGACCAAGGAGACGGACUGGACACAAGCGUGGCCUCUCCCAGUUCUGGGGGAGAGGACGAGGAGCUGGACCAGGAGCGGCGUCGGAACAAGAAGCGGGGCAUCUUCCCCAAGGUGGCCACCAACAUCAUGAGAGCCUGGCUGUUCCAGCACCUCUCGAUGACAGGCCAGGCCUUGGGGAUCGGAUGGCGGCCCGGCAGGCAGGGUGACUCUCGCUGGUGGUCACAGCACCCGUACCCCUCGGAGGAGCAGAAGAAACAGCUGGCGCAGGACACGGGGCUCACGAUUCUGCAAGUCAACAACUGGUUCAUUAACGCCCGGAGACGCAUCGUGCAACCCAUGAUCGAUCAAUCCAACCGCACAGGGCAGGGUGCAGCCUUCAGCCCAGAGGGCCAGCCCGUAGGGGGCUACACGGAGACUCAGCCACACAUGACUGUGAGGCCGCCAGGGUCAAUGGGGAUGAGUUUGAACUUAGAAGGAGAGUGGCAUUAUCUAUAGACGCUGGACUCAAGAGAAGUACGUCACACCCGGGGAGAGCGCCCACAGGACGUGGCAGAGGCCGACACACACGCUCAAGCAGGCGGCAUUGCCAGCGACCCAGCAAAGUUCCAGAAAGGGUCACCCGGAGCUACCCUCGGAAACACUCGUGUGCGGCCCACAGAUGGACAGGCCGGACAGCAGGGAGGUCACGACCCAGACUCCAGCCCGACCGGCCUGGGUUCAAGUCCCCGCUCUGCCACUCACCACGAGGCCUUGGUCCCCGGACGAGGUGGCCGUCAUCAAACAUCCCUCCAGGACCGUCAGCUGCUGCUGCCUCCAGGGUCCGCCCGCCCUGCUCGUUGUUCCCAGACUCCACCGAGCUCCGUGCGAUUCUCGAGGCUUAGGCUCCGACCUUGGUGGAGACUGCCCGGGCCGGUCCCCUCCGGGGCCUCUGUCCUGGCUGCUCCCCCUGCCUGGGACACCCUUCCUGGCUCAGAGGUCGCGUCUGCAAAGACCAGCAGCAGCCAAACCAAGGCAGCCCCCUUGUGACCCUCACUUGUGGCCCCGACGCCGCCUCCCUGGGAUUCGCGCGGUUACCUGUUCGCCCCGCCCCCUUGUCACUCAUUCAUUCAGGCGGCUGCAUUCCCUGGGCCCGCCCUCUCUGCGGGUCCCUGCACGUCGCAAUCAAGACCUCUGCCCACGGGGACUGACGUCCACAGUGGACCCCAUCACCUGAGCGCUCCUGUAGCCUGCAAGAAGAUGACGCGGGUCAUAAAAAAGUAGAGCCGGGUCGGGCGGGGGUGGGCCUGCCACCCUUCCACCUGCGUCCCCUUCCUCUGCGGCGUGCUCUGUGCCAGGCCCCGUUCUAGGAGCUUGACACCCACCGACCGGGUCAACCCCACCGCUGAGCCUCAGACGGGGGGACCAUCACGCUCCCCACUUCCCGGAGGAGGAAACCAAGGCCCAGAGAGGCAGAUCGCUCGCCCGGGGUCACACAGCUGCCGCGCGUGGGUCUCAGAAGCUUGCGCGCUAGACACUCCUCCUGUCAUUUUUAAAAAAUAUAAUUCGAAGGUGCUAUGAUUUUUAAAGGGCCUAACGCGAACUAUUUUCUGGGUUAGAUAUG